GCCGCAUCGUCUCAACUUCGGCUUCAACUCUAACUUCAACCCGCCAGUGCCUAGACAAACAGCCGGCAUAUCUGCACUGGCCACCAUAGUCCUCCAUAUACUCUCUAUAUUAUUGAAUACCUGUGGCGACAGGUUGGUGUGAUUACAGUAUCGGAAUCGCCCAACAUAUUCCCUGAUACCAGAGUGGUUGCUCUGCUUAUCACUGCUCUGCUCUCCAACACUCUUAGGCAGGUCAGCUUAUAGCUCCCGGCUCUUCAAUAUGGCGUACGUGGUGCCUAUCCAUCAUGCAAGCAGCAUCCGCCAUGCUUUAAAGCUCCAAUUCUUGGAGCCGGAAAAAGACUGCUUGGUUGUUGCCAAAUCCAACCGCCUUGAAUUCUACUCCCGAACUCCCGAUGGCCUCUCCCUCGAACACUCAAAAGCCAUAUACGGCAAAGUGACUAUGCUAGCAAAGCUAUCACGACCCCCACUACCUACACAACCACAAUCACAGCCAGAGCCGCAAACCCCGGACCAACGACCACAGCUACAACCGGCUCCCUUCCGUCCCCAAACAGACAUCCUCUUCGUUGGCACAGACCGCUCCACCUACUUCACCGUCUCCUGGGACCAAAAGACAAAAAACCUCCACACAGAGCGCAAAUACGUUGAUCUUGCCGACGGUUCCGCCCGCGAGUCCCAACUCGGCGACCGCUGCCUUAUCGAUCCCUCUGGCCGAUUUCUCACGCUAGAGUUAUACGAAGGCAUCGUCACGGUUAUACCCAUUGGCCAGCCGCUGCGAUCACGAGGAUCCGGGCGGAAGUUGGGGAAGCGGGCUGCUAAUGCCAGCGCAAGCACGAUGCAGGGGAAUCAGGAUGUAGGGGCGGCGGACUUGGAGCUAGGCGAACCUUGUCAGGCGCGCGUUGAGGAAUUGUUGGUGCGCUCGUCGACGUUUUUGCAUACGCAGGCGGAUAUGCUACCAAGGAUGGCGCUUUUGUAUGAGGAUACGAUGGGGAAGGUGCGGCUGAAGGUUAGGGAGCUGGAGGUUACGUAUGGCGGGAUGGGAAUUGGGAGUGGAUCCGGCGGUGGGAGUGGAGUUGGAGCGGAUGGGGGGAGUGCGGCGGUGUUGAAGGGGUUGGAUAUGUUGAAGGAGGAGUUGGAGAUGGGGGCUAGCUUUUUGGUGCCGGUGCCGGCGCCAUUAGGAGGCCUCCUCGUCCUUGGCGAAACCUCAAUCCGGUACCUCGACGAUGCGAGCAACGAAUGCAUCUCACAGCCCCUCGAAGAAGCCACCAUCUUCGUUGCCUGGGAGCAGGUCGAUGGCCAGCGAUGGCUGCUGGCGGACGACUAUGGCCGUCUAUUCUUUCUUAUGUUAAUCUUAGAUUCGGACAACGCCGUUCAGAGCUGGAAACUUGACCGGCUAGGCAAUAUCCCACGCGCCUCGGUACUAGUUUACAUGGGUGGUGGAGUCACGUUUAUUGGCUCGCAUCAGGGCGAUUCUCAGCUCAUUCGCAUCACUGAGGGAUCGUUUGAGGUCAUACAGACGUUCGCAAAUAUUGCACCAAUACUUGAUUUUACGAUUAUGGAUCUAGGUGGGCGGGCCAUGGGGGAGAGCCAGACGCACGAGUUUUCGUCGGGUCAGGCGCGGAUUGUUACGGGGUCCGGCGCAUUUAAUGAUGGCAGUCUAAGGAGCGUGAGAAGCGGCGUGGGAAUGGAGGAAGUAGGUGUGUUAGGGUCCAUGGAACAUAUUACGGACCUCUGGGCAUUACGGGUUGCUUGUCCAGAGGAAUUUUCGGAUACGUUGUUGGUUUCCUUUGUAGAUGAGACGCGGGUGUUCUAUUUCACACCUGAUGGGGGGGUGGAAGAGAAGGAUGAGUUUAUGGGGCUGGGACUUACAGAGAGUACGCUCAUUGCUGCGAAUCUACCAAACGGCAGGAUUUUACAAGUCACAGAACGGAAUGUGCGGGUUGCGGAGUUGGAUGGUGGCAUGGUGAUGUGGGAGUGGUCUCCAGUGUCGCAGAAAGCCAUCACGGCGGCUUCUUCAAAUGACGACCAUCUCGUCUUGAUGGUUGGAGGUCAAGUUCUCAUGAUUUUCGAUAUUAGAGGUGAAAUCAAAGUCGCAGGAGAGAAGGAUUUUGGUGUCGACACACAGGUGUCUGGUGUCACUGUCACGGCAUCCCCGGCCCGUUCUUGUAUCCUUUGCCUACCACAAACGGCUGAAGUCAUUGUCAUGAGCCUGGCAGACCUGACCAUUCGCCAUAGCACGUCACUGGGCGAACCAGGCGACGCUGUUCCACGCUCUGUGCUGGUCGCAGAAGUGCUCCCAAAUAAUCCUGCAACUCUCUUUGUCUCCAUGGCUGAUGGAAGCGUCUUUUCAUUCUCCUUCAACGCGACCGAUUUCUCCCUAACAAGCAUGAGUAAAAUAACCUUAGGCUCUGAACAGCCCUCAUUCAAGAAACUUCCCCGCGGAGAUGGUUUAUACAACGUUUUUGCUACGUGCGAGCAGCCCAGCUUAAUCUACUCAGCAGAGGGCCGCAUCGUUUACUCUGCCGUCAACUCUGAUCAGGCCUCGCGCAUCUGCCACUUCAACUCAGAAGCAUAUCCGGCAUCCAUCGCGCUAGCCACACCGUCAGAAUUGAAAAUCGCCCUCGUGGAUGCGGAGCGGACCACGCAGAUCCAGACGCUGGAGGUUGGAGAGACCGUACGGAGGGUUGCGUAUUCGGCGCCUGAGAGAGCGUUCGGUAUCGGUACGAUUAAGCGGACGCUUGAGGAUGGUGCGGAGGUCAUUGCUAGUCGGUUCAUGCUAGCUGAUGAGAUUAUGUUCCGCGAAUUGGAUGUUUAUGAUCUGAAUAAGGAUGAGCUUGUGGAAAGUGUUAUUCGCGCCCAGUUCCCAGAUGAUAAAGACAGUGAAGGCGAGGAGCUUAUGAAGGACUUGUUUAUCGUGGGUACGUCUUAUCUUGACGAUUUUGGUGAGGGCUCUAUACGCGGGAGGAUAUUAGCGUUUGAAGUGACGCCGAACAGACAACUCGGGAAGGUAGCGGAGAUGCCUGUUAAGGGCGCGUGUAGGGCACUGGCUAUUGUGCAGGAUAAGAUUGUUGCUGCGCUUAUGAAAACGGUCGUCGUCUACACGCUUUCCAAAGGUCAAUUCGCUGACUACAUCCUUACUAAAACCGCCAGUUAUCGCACCUCAACUGCACCCAUUGACAUCGCCGUGACAGGCAACCUCAUCGCUGUCGCGGAUCUCAUGAAAAGUGUAUCCAUUGUCGAAUAUCAACAAGGCACCGACGGUCUGUCUGGCAGCCUGACAGAAGUUGCCCGUCAUUUCCAAACUCUUUGGAGCACUGCUGUCGCGCCAGUGGCCCAGGAUACGUGGCUGGAGAGUGACGCUGAGGGAAAUCUGGUCGUACUUCGCCGGAAUGUCAACGGCGUGACGGAGGAUGAUAGACGGAGGUUGGAAGUUACGAGUGAGGUUUUACUGGGGGAGAUGGUAAACCGGAUACGGCCGGUGAAUAUUCAAGCGUCACUGGGGACGGAGGCGGCGAUUUCCCCCAGAGCGUUCUUGGGUACCGUCGAAGGCUCCAUCUACCUCUUCGGGAUCAUCAACCCGACCUACCAAGACCUGCUCAUGCGGUUGCAAUCCGCAAUGGCUGGCAUGGUGGUAACGCCCGGCGGGAUGCCGUUUAACAAAUUCCGCGCCUUCCGAAAUACCGUACGCCAGGCAGAGGAGCCGUAUCGGUUCGUUGACGGGGAGCUGAUUGAGCGGUUUUUGGGCUGUGGCGCGGAAUUGCAGGAGGAGAUUGUCGGAAAAGUCAUCGCGGAUGGGGUUGCUGGUGUUACUGUUGAGCGUGUUAAGGCGAUUGUGGAGGAGUUGAAGAGGAUGCAUUAGGAUGGAUGUAUUUGCGUUUGUUGCGGGUUGUGGACACGGUAAUAGUAGGAUUGGGUAAGGCUAUGUAUGCCUAAGUCUAGGCUCUAUUUUAUUCUACAUGUAUGUACGAAAUGGGCAAUUAAUAUUCAUUUCGGAAAUGAGAAAAAAGCAAAAGAAUAUCCAUGGCUUUCAUGUGAAGAUAAAAUUAUAUCGACUAUUCAAAUGUGAAAUGAUCUAUCCCACUGUAAACCAUCCAAUACGAAAUGGC